AUGCAAGCUCAGGGUACAGUUUCCUUGACACAGCAGCUUUCUGCGCUAUUCUUUGAGACUUCCUUGAUCCUACAAUCAGUAAAAGUUACUCCCUCUUCAGUCUCUGUUUCGUCAAAGAACAAAGUUACCGAUUCUCCAUCAAUCCUUACCCGUUCAACAUUACAGGUAAGCGAUCUUCCGGAAUGCUUACGACAUAAUAAGGAUAUUCCAUCAAUAACUACGUCAGCGCUAGCAGAUGAUAUUUCGAUUUUACAAACGGAUCCUUCAUUUCAACCUAUUGAAGUAGAAAAUUUAUUGUCACAAUUUUCGGGGAGAUUGACGGGAUUAUCACCAUUGUCUACUCUUAGACUAUUAAGAGGAGAAAAUUUUGGAAUAUCAACUUCUCAAUCAUUCCUUAGAAAAGGUUCUGCUAUCCAAUAUUUGGGAAAUAGUCGUAGGUAUUUUGGAUCGAAUUCUGCUGUAAGAUAUGUAAAUCAGCGAAGAUUGCAGUUAUUAGAGGCUGAAGCCAAUGCAUCUCCUAAUGAUGCAUCAAAGCAAGCAGAAUUUUAUAAAGAAUUAAUAAAAUCAAAUAACCAUAAUAUUGUCAUUGCUCGGUUUGAGCGUGGAAAUUUUGCUCAAGAUGAUGAAUGUUUUCAAGCUUAUGUUGCCGCCUUAGUUAAAGCUGGUCAAACAGAUAAAAUUUUGCCGAAAAUUAUGCAAAAAUUAGAACAAACUAGAACAGAAGGAGGUAAAACAAUUUUAACAACAGAUUUAGUACAAAGCAUUAUGAAAAGUCAGGGAAAGAAAGCUACAGUAGAAAGUAGUUCAGAAACAAUAGCAGCAAAUGCUGGAAAUAAAGAAAACCCGAUAUAUGUUGUAGUUGAAGAAGCGCGUGGAUACAUGUUUUGGCGCGCGUUACGUUGGGUAGGAAUUACAUUUACGUAUGCUUUCUGUAUACUUACCUUCCUUAGUAUCGCUAUGGAAAAUUCCGGUCUCUUAAAAACGGGCGGAUCACAGUCAGAAUAUGAACCAUCAUCUCAACAGGUGGUUAAAUUUUCUGAUGUUCAUGGUGUUGAUGAAGCCAAGGAGGAAUUAGAAGAAAUAGUUGAAUUCUUGAGAGAUCCAUCAAAGUUCACUGGUUUAGGAGGUAGGCUACCUAAAGGAGUAUUAUUAACUGGUCCUCCAGGUACUGGAAAAACAUUGCUGGCGCGUGCCGUUGCCGGUGAGGCAGGUGUACCAUUCUUUUUCAUGUCAGGCUCUGAAUUUGAUGAAAUGUACGUUGGAGUUGGAGCCAGGAGAGUUCGUGAACUUUUUGCUGCUGCAAGACGCAAAGCGCCUAGUAUAGUUUUUAUUGAUGAGUUAGAUGCGAUUGGCUCAAAGCGUAAUCCCAAAGAUCAAACAUAUAUGAAACAGACACUCAACCAAUUAUUGGUCGAUUUGGAUGGGUUUUCACAAACUGAAGGAGUUAUUUUCAUUGCGGCAACGAAUUUUCCGGAACUUUUAGAUAAGGCAUUAGUUCGUCCCGGUCGAUUUGAUAGACAUGUUGAAGUUCCCCUCCCAGAUGUUCGUGGUAGGAUGCAAAUUUUGUCACAUCAUUUAAAAAAUGUCCAAUUGUCACGUGAUGUGAAAAUUAGUGUAAUUGCACGUGGUACACCAGGAUUCUCGGGUGCUGAUUUAGCCAAUUUAGUUAAUCAAGCGGCAAUACAAGCUUCGAGGGAUGGUUCACUUGAAGUAGCAAUGAGUCAUAUGGAACAUGCCAAAGAUAAAAUAAUCAUGGGCGCCGAACGCAGGUCUGCCGUAAUUACAGAUGAUAGUAAACGAUUAACUGCAUAUCAUGAAGGUGGUCAUGCACUUGUAGCAUUAUAUACACCGGGAGCCUUACCAUUACAUAAAGCUACAAUUAUGCCACGAGGUAAUAGCUUGGGAAUGACUGUUCAAUUACCUGAGAUGGAUAAAGAUAGUUAUACCAAGAAAGAAUAUCUUGCAAUGAUAGAUGUUGCUAUGGGUGGUAGAGUUGCAGAAGAAAUGAUAUUUGGUAAAGAAAAUGUGACAACAGGUGCUCACAAUGAUAUCACUACAGCAACAAAUGUAGCUAAACGUAUGGUUACAUUAUUUGGAAUGAGUGAUAAGGUUGGACCAGUAGCACAUCCAGAAGAAGAGAUGGAGCAAUUAAGUACACAAACUAAAUUAGUCAUAGAAACUGAAAUUAAAACACUUACAGAGAAUGCUCAAAUGCGUGCAAGUAAUUUAUUAAAAACCCAUAAAGAAGAGUUACAUAGAUUAGCAAAAGCAUUGAUGGAUUAUGAAACUCUUUCACAAGAAGAAAUUGAAUUAGUUAUUAAAGGAAAAAAUAUCCAACGAUAA